UGUUCUUCAUCGUAUUAGUUAUGAUAGGUAUUGAAGCACACUUUUAUAGCAACUCAGUCGUGCUGCCGAAAAAAAAACUUCCGAUAUUACUUUAAACAGACAGCUUGUGUGAAUAGUCGCUUGGGUCAAAGUUUGGAAACAAAAAAACGGCAUGUCUGUCGAUUCAGAUCCAACUUUCUUCGGAAGCGUUUCGGUAUCGCCCACUACGGAAGAUUUAGAACGCUAUUCUAAACUGAAACGAAACCGGUGGCCGGGCCCGCAGUCGACAGCUCUGAAAGUACGCAAUGAAGAAGAAGAAAAGCAGGGAUCGGCGAAAAAAGCCCUAGUGAAUAUAAAUAAAAGCGUUAUUUUCACUAUUAAAACAAUUAAACAAGGAAAACCUCAGCCAAGCAAAAAAGUUAUCGCCAAACGCAUAUGCUACACGAUACUUGGAGUCUUGGUUUUGAUUGCUCUGUUGUCUAUAUUAGUGUACGCGUUCCUUAUUCCGUUAGUGAUCUUUUUGAACCCAGAGUUUAGACGCCAGCUGAUGUUCGUGGGGUGGCAACGAAGUUCGCCUAGUGAACUCGAGACGCCAUCCGCAUUAGGCUUCCGUUGCAGCACGAAUCUGCUGAUUAAAACUCAAUACGGUGCGAUAGGCUCGUGGUAUACGCCGCCUGCAGCGAGUCAACCUUGCGGUGAAGUGCAACCUUACGCGGCCUUAACCCCUACAGUGCUAUUUGUGCCUACUUUUGGAGAAACUCGCGCUGCAACCCGAAGGUUAGCUCUCCAUAAAAUCAUCUCAGAAGAUCUUGGCUACCAUGUACUCGCAUUUGAUUAUAGGGGAAUCGCUGAUAGUGAUGAGGUCUUGCCAAGCGUACAAACCGUCGUCGAGGAUUCUGUCAAUUUGGAAAAGCCCUACCGUGAUUUCACGAUGAAAAUUCUGGCGUGCAUUGAUGGAAGAAGCACUGCAAGACCAGGCCACAUCAGCACCUCUGUCAGUAGUAGAAAAGAUGGAAGUCUCGGUUUUGCAGGGUGAAUGCCGUUCCUAUCCGAAAGCCCUUGAAGUCAGGGAAAGGAUGGAGCCUGAGGAUGCAAACUUGUUGAAAAGGAUCACUGAGGAUUCACUCAGUGGAUCCUUCAUGCUAAGACAGCAGUCGGUAAAUCCGCCGACGGCCAUUGUCAUGGGGUAGCGACAAAUAAGAGAAAGGUUGACAAAGCCUUCAUAGAAGCGGUACAAUCCUACAACACGAGAACG